GAAGAAGCGAGUAGUUGGUGUUUGGGCCAUCGUCAGUCAGUUGUUCGAAGUUCGACCGUUACACGCGGCGUUCCGCAGCUCGGGUAGUAGUCGAGGCGUGUGUGCCUUCAGAAAACCAACUAAGGCAGGUUUUUCGCGAUCGCGUGUGUUUCUGUUUUUUUUUCUGUCUUUGUUGAUUCUCAACGGUGGUGUUCUUGAAUUAGUUCGCAUUGCGUGGGACGUUUUUAGUGUUGUUGAUAGUUGGAGGUAUUGCGAUACUCCCCCUUUACUUGCUUUUGGUCGCUGGAUACAGUUUGGGGACAGAUUCGGUAGAAUAGCUUCAAGGACCGUGUGUGUGCUGAGUCUAUCUGGAAGUGCGUCUUGGAAAUCUGCGCUAAUCUAACGGUUCAGAGGCAUUGAGAUUCCCACCCAGAUCGAUCAAAGUGUAGUCGAGCAAAUCGUGCAACACUCCCAGUGGGGUUUCUGUGAAGGUUUUGCGAACGGCAGUGCUCGAUGUAGAAGAAUUUCUCGUUAACGCAAUCGGCUGCAAAUGAGGUGCUGGUGAAGGUUGAUAUUUAUCGAUUGAAGAAAAAAUCAAGCGAAUUAAAAUAACACAUCGUCAGCCGUAUCUGGGCAAAGUGGAGUCAUCUUCUGUUUUGGAUGGAAUCAACUUCCGGUGACCGGACGAGAACGAACGCUUGAAAUUUGUGUUUGUAGCGUCAUAACCGUUGACCUGUAUCGUCGCAAAGGAAAUUUGGAUUUUCGCUGCUUCUUGUUCGGAGGUCGUCUUCACGAGCAGUCAGCAGUUACUACUGUUGGUAUACAAGGGGCGUGUGUGCGCCGGUUUGGUAGAGGAAGCGAGGAUAGAGGGGCAAACAUCAGAGCAGUUUACGCGUUUUGCUGCCCUGCGGCUGUACUAUUGAAGAACGUCAGCGGUAAUCCAGGAAGGCAAGCAGGCAGACUGGAACACAGGAGAAACCGGUAGAGUAGCCGUGUAGCAGCAUCAUCUUGCAAGCAGACGGCAGAAGCGGAGAAAAGGUCAACGAGACGCACGACUCUCGAUACGGCAAUAGAUUCAAUUCCUCUAUGACUCCGGUGGUGCUGGCGUUUCCUCAGCUGCUGUCACCGCCGUCGUCAUCGUCGUCAACGCCGUGCCAUAAUAGUCAAUUGGUCUCGUAGAAGCAUCGACUUGCGUUUCUGGCACCUAUCAACUAGAGAGAGUUGACAACAGAGAGACAUAUCGAAGCGAAAUCUCAUGAAUGUGAUAAUUAAUCAGCCUUAGAAUUUUUUAAAUUCCUGCUUUUUUCUAUACUGGACCUUAGUGUCAUUGUUUUUCUGUUAAGCUGCCUGAGAACGGGAGUAAAGUUUAAGUUUGAUAAAUAAUUUAUUAUCAACGAAAGAGCACUCACAGCAAUGGGGAAUUCAACGUCUUCGCAUGAACCGCUGGAGCGGGGCUUCACCCGAGGGACUUUUGGUGAUGUCAAGAAUACGAAAUCUGCCUCCUUUCGACAUAGCAAACGAUCGCCGAAGAAGAUGGAUCGUUUGAGAAAAUCAUUCCGAGAUUCGUUCCGCCGGCGCAAGGAUCGCGUUCCGGAGGCGGCGAAACCUCACCAGUGGCAAGCGGAUGAGCAAGCCGUGCGCUCUGCCACCUGCACCUUUCCGGUAAAGUAUUUGGGAUGCGUCGAGGUGUUCGAGUCACGUGGUAUGCAAGUGUGCGAAGAAGCGCUCAAAGUUCUGAGGAAUUCCCGGCGUCGUGCAAUUCGGGCUCAGCUUCAUGUCAGUGGAGACGGAUUACGGGUAGUGGAAGAGGAUACCAAGGGGUUGAUUGUCGACCAGACAAUCGAAAAGGUUAGCUUUUGUGCUCCGGAUCGUAACACGGAUCGUGGCUUCAGCUACAUCUGCCGAGAUGGUACCACGAGGCGGUGGAUGUGUCACGGUUUCCUAGCCAGCAAGGACACUGGAGAACGUCUGUCGCAUGCCGUUGGGUGCGCGUUCGCCGUGUGUUUGGAACGGAAGCAACGUCGUGAUAAGGAAUGUGGUGUAACGAUGACUUUCGAUAUGAAGAAUUCGACCUUCACCCGUACUGGCUCGUUCCGACAGCAAACAAUGACGGAAAGACUGGCCAACGCUGAUACUGCCGUGGUAGCUCCGACUCAGAACAAUAAUGGGUCCAAAGCAUUCAAUCCGUUCGCCAUUGAGCGACCACACGCUACGCCCUCGAUGCUGGAACGUCAGGGAAGUUUCCGGGGUUUCACUCAGAUUGGCGCGGCCUCACCAUUCAAGCGUCAAAUGUCGCUCAGAAUCAAUGAUCUUCCGUCCAAUGCUGAAAGACAACGAGCUUUCCUGGAACCAACUACACCACAUCGAACGACCGUUUCUCCAAUUCCCGAAAUCUCUCCUCAACCGCCCACGGAUACCGUCAGUCAGCUCUGUCAGGAACUAAGUCAAGGACUUUCUCUACUCACCAAGAACGAUGCAGAUGAUUUCUAUCUGCAAAAGGAGGCAAAUAGUCUUAGCAACAUAACCAGUGCAGCAAUCGUUGGUAGCUAUCUAACAAAUAUGUCAUCCACUACUAGUCCAGCCGAUCUAGCAGCGACCAGCUCCAUCAACCCCUUACCGAACGUCUAUGCGCCCAGUUCCAACACCCUCUCGCAACCGACGAUUCCUCCACGUUCGUUGUCCCCGAUACAGCAACAAACGGUAGAUCUGUCACUUAGCUCCACCCUAACCGGUAGCUCCGUCGCCUCCAACAGCAUACUGGCCUCUUCAUCUUCCGCAUCAAAUAUCGGAACCGGCCCCUCCCCGCAGAAAGUAGUUCCAGUGGAAACGGCCUCGCCACUACCCAAGCCGGAACAGUGGCUCGGGCAGAUAGUGAAAAAUGUGUCCCCUUCGCCGCGGCGUACUCUGACGCUGCACUCCCGGACCAAGUCGCUCAACGCGACCGACCCAUUCGAUGCCGAGUGGGUGGCCGACGUGGCCAAGCCGGAGAUCCACAGUACCAAUCCGUUCAUUUCACCACCGAAGCCUCCGGCGCAAAGCUUUCAGGUGCACUUGUGAAACCUGGCGAGCGGGUGGCGGGCUGAGGACGCAAAUGGUGCUUGAACUAUUAGGCAGUGUUUAAAUUUAGAGGAGGGGUCCCACGGAACCCGGUAGGAAGUUGCUCGAAGUGAUGCCGAACCGGAAGGCCGAUAGUACUUACUCAAAACUACUCAAACAUUCUGAUAGCAUUUAUUUAGUUUUUUUUUUCGUUGGUCGAAGGUUAGGGUUUUUGUGAGGCGAGUAUAACGUGAAUCCUGAAAUGGUUAGGAUUUGUAGCGGAAGUCCAGUGUACAAAUGAUUUGUGGGGAAGCGUUGUAGACUUACUGAGUGGUUACUUGAUGAUAUCUUCAAUAUAAGCUUGUUUUUGGAAACAUAAUGCUUGUACUGUACAUUUUAGUGAGAUCAACGAAGUCCAUAUUUUAUGCAGUCCCGAUCAGUAUUUACAACUAUACUUGGUGUAACUAACACAAUUGUUUAAUUUGUACUAUACCAUAUUGCCCAUUUUCACGAUAUUUUACUUAAGUUAUCAUGAUUUUUAGUGUAAAUUUACGUCAAAUGUGUGCGCAAUGUUUCAGAAAUUAACAGAUUUUUUUCAAACGGUGUGCUAGACGACAAAUCUUGAGCUACACGCAAAUAAAUUUCUGUUACAUCCAAUGCAAGGCUGGAUUUAUUACAUCCUCUGCAUAUGUUUCAUAUAACAAAUGUAAUGGCAAUUCUUGCAAUGGACUGCAGCGUGCAACCAAGUUCUUAGAAUGCAUAUUUCGGAAUAAAACCUUCACGAGAUGAUUUUUUGAACUUUGUUAGAAAAUUAAACAGGCAUAAAAUUAUAAAAUAAUAAAAAAAAAACAUCGGGCGACUACAUUACAGAAUCUGUUCAUGUCGUGAAACAUUGCAAAUUAUGCAUAUUUUUCAAGCAAAUCUGUAAUAGAACCUUGUAUUUCCCUUUUGGAUGUGGCAGUGAGGUUUAGAACGCUAGACUUAUUGAAGUCAUGCUCAAUGGACUUUCCCCUUAAAAGAAUGCUUGGUAAAUAAAUUGAUAGUUUAGAUAAUCUCUGGAAUAUCUGAAAAAAGAGGUUCUUCCCUAAUGUGGCCAAUACACACUGUAGUCUUAUUGUACAAUAUAUGGUUUUACCAUAUAUCGUACGUUGUCUGGUAAAACCAACGGUUUUACAACCAGAUUGCAGUGUGAAUUGGCUUCAUAAAGGAAGAUUGGCCGGAUGUAAUUUCGAAAAAAACCAACCUUCCUACAAACAAUUUGUACACGAAAUUGUUGCAAAUUCGAGCCGCAUGAAACAGAUUUUCUGUAAAAAUUAUCUGAAUUUGUUUGAAUAAAGACAUAUUAGAUGAAAGGGUUAUCAGAACCAUGCGCAGAAUGAGAUCAAACAAGAUUAUGAAAUGCUAAAUCAGAUCAAAAAUGCAGCUUUGAAAGCUUUACCUAUAUAUCUGUAUACCUUAAUAGAAAAAGAAUAAGAAGAAGGAAUAGAAAUCGAGAACAAACAAUUAUUACCCAACUUAGCACUUUACACCACUUCACCGAAAACAAAUGAAGAAUUCAAAACAAACACCUUAUAGACGUAUUCCAAUAUACCGUAUAGUAGAAUAACAUUACCAGAUCAAAUCUUACCCGUAGGAGCUAAAUAUUUUGUAGUUAAAUUCUCACACAGAAACACCCAGCAUAGAGAAAAAUGAAGCGGAACCUAUGAUUAAGUGCACAAACACACCCACCCUCCCUACAUACCAUCCGUUCCCGAGACGGUAUGCAACACAACAUCAACAACAACAAUAACAGCAAUUCCGGUGGUGUCUGCGACGGACAGCAUGGGUACAGCUUUCAACUGUACGUUACACGACCAAUGAGAGUAACUCAAAAUUGAGGUGAAUUGGACUCAAAAUUGCAAAAAAGUGGGGUUUACCAUUUCCAGGUACCUAAAACUUCUUGAAUGUAAGAAAAAUCACUAAGUCAAUUCACGGCCAAUGAGAGCAACUCAAAAUUAAGUCGAAUUUGACUCAAACUUACUGUUUACUAACAUACUGAGUAGCCCCACUUUUUGAAACUUUGAGUUGAAUUCGACUCAGUUACUGAGUUAUUCUCAUCGACCAUGUAUGAGAAUUAAAAAUAACUGAAAUGAGAUCAUAAAAAGUACUUAAAAAAUCCACAUUAGCGAAUACAAAAUAUGUCAGAUAAACCUUAGCUGAUAACUGCAAUCGAGCAGUAUCGUGAAAUUAGUUGAAUAUUAUUAUCAAAACCAGAGUAUUGUGAUCAAUGUAUAGAACAUUCAAACCAUCGUCAAAUACAUAUUAUAUUAUUACCGGAAUGAUGGUUAACGCCUAAGUGAAGUAUUCGAGGGAAGUUGAUUUCGCGCAUGAAACGAAUAUGCUGUUGAUUUUACUUCUAUAGAAUGACCAUACAUUUUACAGGCAACAGGGAGAUUUGCUUUAUUUGGAGAGUAUUAAAUGGUGUACUUAGUGGCAGUUUUGAUUGUGUAAAUAUUCGUUCGUAGUGCGGAAUUAUUUUAGUGUUUAAUAUGUAGAUAGAUGUGUACAUAUUUCCCGGUAUUAAACAGCUUCCUUUUGAAAAUGAAACUUUACAUUCUGAACAGUGUUGUAAGCUGGCAAGUAUAAAAAAUGGAAAUGCAACGACUCGAAAGCGUCAUCCUCGUAUGACAUAUGAUGUUUUGCAGCUUCUUUUGGAGCAAUUUUUGAAAAUUCCAUUGAAAUUUUAUAGUUUGAUCGGUCAAAUGCUAUAGUGUAUAUUAAAUUAAAACAGUAACCCAGCUACCACAGUAAUAUCCACACAAGGAUGUACAGUGAAUCAAGAUCUUGUAUUAUAAUUUCCAGUAUGUUGUAAGUGUACUUUCUAGAAACAAAUAAAUGCCUUGUAAAAUUA